CGGAAGGAAGACGGUAUGAGGUUGGCCGGCCAGCUCAUCUGGUGGCCAGUUUGGGCUCCCCGGGACAGUGGCCGCAGCACCUCCGCAGCUGGCAGGCUCCGAGGACAGGUGACCCGGCUGCCGCGCCCUCAGCUGAACGGCAUCUGAAAGCAGGUCUGCCCCUCCGCCCACCCCACCCACUUGCCCUCCAGUCCACCGGGCCAGCAGGCUCCUCCUGGUGUCACCAGCGGCCCCGGGCAGGUUGCAGCAGGCAGCACAAGUGAGCCGGGGACAUGGAAGAGUCUGCCCAGGCCCAGAAGCUGGUGUACCUGGUCACAGGUGGCUGUGGCUUCCUGGGGGGACACGUGGUACGAAUGCUGUUGGAGCGGGAGCCUCGGCUCCGUGAGCUGCGGGUCUUUGACCGACACCUGAGCCCCUGGCUGGAGGAGCUGAAGACAGGGCCUGUGCAGGUGACUGCCAUCCAGGGGGAUGUGACCCAGGCCCACGAGGUAGCAGCCGCUGUCGCCGGAGCCCAUGUGGUCAUCCACACAGCCGGGCUGGUGGACGUGUUUGGGAGAGCCAGUCCCCAGGCCAUCCAUGAGGUCAACGUGCAGGGCACGCAGAACGUGAUCGAAGCUUGUGUGCAGGCUGGGACGCAGUUCCUGGUCUAUACGAGCAGCAUGGAGGUCGUGGGUCCUAACGCCAAAGGCCACCCCUUCUACAGGGGCAACGAGGACACCCCAUAUGAGGCCGUGCACAAGCACCCCUACCCGUGCAGCAAGGCCCUCGCCGAGCGACUGGUCUUGGAGGCCAAUGGCAGGAAGGUCCGUGGAGGGCUGCCCCUGGUGACGUGUGCCCUGCGUCCCACGGGCAUCUAUGGUGAAGGCCACCAGAUCAUGAGGGACUUCUACCGCCAGGGCUCGCGCCUGGGGGGCCGGCUGUUCCGGGCCAUCCCAGCGUCUGUGGAGCACGGCCGGGUCUACGUGGGCAACGUGGCCUGGAUGCACGUGCUGGUGGCCCGGGAGCUGCAGCAGCGAGCGGCGCUCCUGGGCGGCCAGGUGUAUUUCUGCUACGACAAGUCACCCUACAAGAGCUACGAAGACUUCAACAUGGAGUUCCUGGGCCCCUGUGGACUGCGGCUGGUGGGCUCCCGCCCGCUGCUGCCCUACUGGCUGCUGGUCUUCCUGGCGGCCCUCAACGCCCUGCUGCAGUGGCUGCUGCGGCCGCUGCUGCUCUACGCACCCCUGCUGAACCCCUACACGCUGGCCGUGGCCAACACCACCUUCACCGUCAGCACCGACAAGGCGCGGCGCCACUUCGGCUACGAGCCCCUGUUCUCCUGGGAGGACAGCCGGACCCGCACCAUUCUUUGGGUGCAGGCCAUGGGGGAGGGCUCUGCCCACUGACGUCAGGCCUGGGGGUCUGGAGGCCCUCCCGGCACAUCCACAGAGGCCUAGAAGGGAUGGGACCAUGGGUGGCCUGGCGGCUCUGGCGCUGAGUCCGUGGCUUUGUUCUGAGACCCCACGCUCUAAGGCAGGGCGUGGGGACAGGCACGUCUUCAUUCUCAACCUCUAGGCCAACUGGCGAAGGGCCGAGUCCCCGAUGUCCUCCACUCCCCUCUCUGGCUUCCCAAGCAGGAGGCCACGGAACCGCCCCAGGCCCAGCUGCGGCUGAUCGCAACCUGCAGGCCCAAGGUCGGAGUGAAGCGGCCUCUCUGUCUCUCCUCCCACCACCAGUCCCUCCUGGGGCGGUUGGAGUUGCAGGAUUUUCAAACAUGUGUCACCUGUACACAGUCAUCAUUUAAUUCCCGUCAGCCAGGCUGAAGACUUGAGUGUAUUUUCAACUUCUCUCUCCACCCGGACUCCCGGGGCCUGCUGUAGCCCAGGAAAGCUGUCCCUGCCGGAGCCCUGAAUUAAAACCCUUCUCCGAG